GAUCUCACCUUCUCCUGCCCGCACGAAGGCUGUGACGGCUUCGUCUUCCCCUUCGCCGAACGAUGCAUUGAGCACGAGCUAGACUGGCACACUGGACCGUACCAGUGCGCAGAAUGCAACACCAAGUUUGCUGCUGCCCCGGCCCUCAAGCGCCACGCUCGUGACAGCAAGCACAAGAUCGAGUGGCAGUGCCGCGAAGCAGAAUGCGACAAGCUCGGGACCGAGUUCGCGUCUAGGGCCAUGUAUCUGAAGCACGCGUUGGGCUCGGCACCUCACAAGCAUGAAAUACCCGUGGACGAUUUGCCGGAAUGCUUCAUCGUUGAUAACCCGCCGAGUAGCACCACCAAACGCGCUACAAAGACGCCUGCGAAUAGACCCCAACCGGGAGAGUACAUAUGCAAGGAGCCUUGCUGCUUCUUCUACAAGACUGACUACGGCUGCAAGUCGGAGUGGAGUCGACACGCCAGCGCUGUAUCACACAUCUCCGCCUUAGCUAUCGGCCAGGCCCUCCGCGACCGUCUGUCCUUUGGCGUUGCCCUCGACGCAGAACAGGAAGCGAUCCGAAGCCUUCGAUGCAACUCGGCCGACUGCCCGCAGUACGAGCAUACGUUUGCGUCCACCACGGGGUUCUUCAACCACUUGAAGAAGCCUGAGCACCAGUCUGCCGUUGACGGCUCUGCAGAUGCCGAGAACUCGAAGAAGGACGUGGGCGACGAGACCAAUCUCCGGUGCAUGCAAGUCGGGUGUCCUAAAUACGGACGGCAUUUCCUAUCCAGUGUCGGAUUUAAGUUGCACAACAGCUCGACACCACACCAGGCGGCAUCCGAGAAGAACGGGGGUCCCAAGCCAGCAAGCCCCUUCACCACGCCGACCGGGAACUAUACGACAUCUUCCUUUUCUCCGAUUGAUCUCACAUCGAUGCCGAGCCCGAUGAGCCCAAGCAGCCCCUCGACUGGCCGUGGCCCCAGCGUGCCUCGAAAGACCCCUGGCAAGACAAAGCUGCGCCUGACAAGUACCUCUGCUAAGAAGCGCGAAGAGGAGUUGGAGAAGAGAAACGCCGAGCUCGAAGGACGGGUGAAGCGAUUGGAAGAGGAGUUUGAGAAAGUCCGCCAU